ACGCACGACUGUAGGUGCGGUGAAGAGGUUGAGCGGCUACUCGCAGACGUCGGAGGAGCGUUUACUUUCUGCUUUUUUAGUCCUUCCUUUAAAGAAAACUCAACAAACAACCCGCUCGGUAGUUGAGGGACGAGGCACACGAAGCAAAGACGCAGUCACAGCAGCUAAGUAUUUGCCCGCGGUACGUUUAGGACGACGAAUUUAGCCAGAAUUAGUAUUUUACAUAACCAGCUUUUCACGGCGGACGGAUCCUUGCCACCGUGUCUUGUGGUCGUUAAACUGCACCAAACGUCAAAUUACUACGCUAGUUAACUCUUGUUCAAGUGUUAGUUAAAUAACACUCGCAGACGCGUUUUUUUUAGUACGCGUUUAGUUGUUAUUUAUAUAUAAAUAUAUUAUUUUUUUGCGUCAAUUCAGAAAAACAAGUUAUACAACAAGCAACGCCGGUGCUCGUCAUCAGCGAACCGCGGUCCUAAAGCCCGCCGUGUUGCUAGGUCACAUUUCCGUGCCCAAAUGGUUCAGCAGACAUCGGUUUUUAAAUUCUUCGACAUUAUGGAAAAAGUCCUGUUAGAACAAGGUUAAUUGCUAUUUAAAAAAAAAAAUAACUUUAAAAAAAAAAAAAUAUUUGGAUUGUUUUUUUUUUUUUCUUGGAUCUACUUUUUUUUCGAGAGGAGUGAGCACACAAACAAACAAACAAACAAAAAAAAGAGUUAUCCAAAAAAAGGACUCGUCCAGUUGAGUAAUGGUCAUUAAUACGAUACACUGGUUCAGGAAGGGCUUGCGGCUCCACGACAACCCGUCGCUCAAGGAAUCUGUGCUGGGAGCGGAUACUGUCCGCUGCGUCUACAUCCUCGACCCCUGGUUCGCAGGUUCUUCCAACGUCGGGAUCAACAGGUGGAGGUUCUUACUGCAGAGUCUUGAGGACUUGGACUCAAGCCUCCGUAAGCUCAACUCUCGACUGUUUGUGAUACGAGGCCAACCCACUGAUGUCUUUCCCAGACUUUUCAAGGAAUGGAAGAUUUCUCGUUUGUCUUAUGAGUACGACUCUGAGCCCUUUGGGAAAGAGCGAGAUGCAGCUAUCAAGAAACUGGCCUCUGAGGCUGGAGUGGAGGUGACAGUUCGCAUCUCCCACACACUCUAUGACCUGGACAAGAUCAUAGAGUUGAAUGGGGGUCAGUCCCCUCUCACCUACAAGCGGUUCCAGACCCUCAUCAGUCGUAUGGAUGCAGUCGAGGUGCCUGCGGAGUCCAUCACGGCCGAAGUCAUGGGAAAAUGCACUACGCCGCUGUCCGAAGACCACGAUGACAAGUUUGGGGUCCCGUCCUUAGAGGAGCUGGGUUUCGAUACUGAAGGUCUGUCCUCAGCUGUGUGGCCGGGGGGAGAGACUGAAGCCCUCACGAGACUUGAGAGGCAUUUAGAGAGGAAGGCUUGGGUGGCCAACUUUGAGCGUCCCAGAAUGAACGCCAACUCGCUGCUCGCCAGCCCGACGGGCCUCAGCCCGUACCUGCGCUUCGGCUGCCUCUCCUGUCGCCUCUUCUACUUCAAACUCACCGACCUCUACAAGAAGGUGAAGAAGAACAGCUCCCCUCCUCUCUCGCUCUACGGUCAGCUACUUUGGCGCGAGUUCUUCUACACGGCAGCCACCAACAACCCCUGCUUCGACAAGAUGGAGAGCAACCCCAUCUGCGUUCAGAUCCCCUGGGACCGCAACCCCGAGGCGCUGGCCAAGUGGGCGGAGGGCCGGACCGGCUUCCCCUGGAUCGACGCCAUCAUGACCCAGCUGAGACAAGAGGGCUGGAUCCACCACCUGGCCCGACACGCCGUGGCCUGUUUCCUGACCAGAGGAGACCUGUGGAUCGGCUGGGAGGAGGGCAUGAAGGUGUUUGAGGAGCUGCUGCUGGAUGCCGAUUGGAGUGUAAAUGCUGGCAGCUGGAUGUGGCUGUCCUGCAGUGCCUUCUUCCAGCAGUUCUUCCACUGCUACUGCCCUGUAGGAUUCGGCCGACGUACAGACCCCAAUGGAGAUUACAUACGGCGUUACCUGCCCAUUCUGAGAGGCUUUCCAGCCAAGUAUAUUUAUGAUCCCUGGAACGCUCCGGAGAGCGUGCAGAAGGCAGCCAAAUGUAUCAUUGGAGUGCAUUACCCCAAGCCCAUGGUGAACCACGCAGAGUCCAGCCGGCUAAACAUUGAGCGAAUGAAACAGAUCUACCAGCAGCUCUCCUGUUACAGAGGCCUCGGUCUAUUGGCUACAGUUCCAUCCAACUCUAACGGUAACCAUAACGGUGAGACGGGAUUCCCUGUUGAGGCUUCGCACAAUGCCGCAGCUUCAUCUGCCUAUCAGAUGCCGGUUCACUCCCAGGAAAACUGGCAAAGCGGUGUAAUGAUGUACAUGCAGGGCGAUCAACAAACCAGCAUCACACACCAGCAGGGUUACGCAGGCACCAGUGCCAGUGUGAUGUGUUAUGCCCAAGGCUCACAGCAGAUUCCCAGUGCUGUAAUUCAGAAAGGACCCGAACACCACUGCAGCACUCAGAUCAGCGUCAAGCGGCACAGCGAGGAGUCUGGGAAUGGCAAAGGCUCUAAAGUCCAGAGACAGAGCAGCCACUAGAAAGGAGCGUCUGCAGGCUCCGCUGUCAGUCACACCGUGUACACAGCCCAACACAAAAUGGACACAAAGACUUUGGUUUUUGUUGCAGCACUACACUGUUGCAUGAACACACCUUGAGGAGGAGCAAAGGAGCCCACCAUUCAAAACAUUCACCAGUUUUCUCUCGAGUAAUGGGACUGUAUAUUAUCACGUGGACUGCACGGCCCCCGGGGGCCAGUGCCGACAGCACUGGAGCGGCUGUUACACUGUGCUUACGUUUGGGUUCAUGUUGCCGGGACAAAAGUCUUUGUGUAUAUAAUGGAUUUGCUAAUAUCUGCUCACAUACAACUUGUACAUAUUUGGAUAUUGUAUGUGUGUUUUCUCUCUUUGUGUAGCCAUAGACCCAUUGAUAUAUUUUUGAUAUGAGAAAUUGUGGAUGGAUCUUUCUUUUUGGACAAUUUUCAAUAAAAUAAUGAAAGCGUUUAUAGACCGUCCAUUCAAAAACAAAUGGUAAGAAAUCUUGUAUCUAUUCUAAUACAGCUGCCUGUCCAUCUCAUUUAUUUCACUUCCCAUUCGAGCCAUCUAGUGUAUCUAUCAUCAAGUGUUUUGACCAUUUCCUUCCUCUAUCUCAGUGCUAGUUGUUUUAUUCCUCACCACUGUAGCGGCAAUAUCAGUAUGAGUAAAAGGCGACAGGAAUACAGAAUCUUCAUAUCAUGGUGCCCCCCUUGUACAAUCCCCUAAUAAAUGUACCCCUGGAGAGAAACGCUUCACCUGCUUCAUGUCUCCUCUCAAUGUGCUUGUUUAAUUAAAGACAGAGUUAAAUAUAAAA